AUGGAGUACGUUGACAAGGCCAAAUCAGAGAGUCACCUCAAGUCGCUAGAUCUGAGUGUGGAUAGGCUCGAGAGUGAUUUGCAGAGGGCUGUGCGUCACGAGGAACGCCAUUGGAAGGAGAACGACGCAAAGUUGAGGGCUGUUCACCAAAAGGUGGCCACCUACGACGAGUUCCGGGGUAUCGUGGACGGGUGUGAGCUUCGCCCGCUCAAGCUGAAGGAGGUUGAAGACGCGACCAAGCGGUACGCGGGCUGGGCACCAGCCCUCGUCUGCACCAACCACACGUCAAGCUACCCUCCUUCGGGCGUCUCCACUACCAACAAUUCCACUCCUGACAGCCCUUCAAUUGUGAGUUGCACCUUCACUAAUCCACCAUUUUGA